UCGUUCGUCAGUCAGAGUCGUCACCAUGAUACACAAAAUCACACUCGUGGCUCUGCUCUGCGCUUUCGCCGUUGUUUAUGGUGGAGACAAGUUUGAAGAUACAAAGCCAUGUUCUCCAGAGGUGUACAAAGAUCUUGACCAAUGCUGCGCAAUGCCCAAAUUGCUGCCCAAGGCACCGUUUAAUAGCUGCAUGGAUGAACAAUCUGCAGAGCUUGAGAAGCAGGCCGAAGAAAAGGAAAAGAAGGAAGGAAAUAAUAAAGGAAAAAGCAAGCAACUUGCGACAGGUAGCAAAGGAGCAAAAAAUAACAAGCCGAGGUCGAGGUCAAAAAGGGACACCGACCAGGAGGACAAAUCGAAAAAGGGUAUCAUCGCAUUAAGGAGGAGGGACGGCCCAAUUGGAGGCCCAAUGUGCAUUGUCCAAUGUGUCUUCAAAAAUCAGACUUUGCUUAACGACGAUGGCUCCAUUAACGCAGAAAAAAUGAUUGGCACAUUUGUGGCCGCCUCAAGCGCACAUUGGUCCAGUUUGGUUCAGAAUGUCUCUGGAAACUGCUACAAUGAAUUCAACAAGAUCAACUUCACAGGAGUCCCUUCUAGUAACACCAAUGGAACGAAAGUUUGCAUGUGUGACAGCGCCAUGGUUCUUUCAUGCAUCCGCCGCCAACUGACCAUUCGCUGCCCUGAUGACAUGUUGGUCAAGUCAAAAACUUGCAAAGAGAGAAUCAACGCGCUAAAAGAAUGCGACCCUUUUGCCAUUCCAGCACCAAAGGCUAUGUUUGACGGGUCAUUCCAUGCUGCUAUUUCUGCAGCUCGCAGUCUUCAACUGAAGAGGAGCAGGAAUGCAGGGUCAAAAAAUAAGGUGGGUCCUCGUCCAGGAUAAAAACUUGAGCCACCUCAUGUACCACAGCAAUAAAAUUUCUGAGGUCAAAUUUUG